UUGACCAGGACACACGGCUGAAAGCUUCACGCGGAGUAGAACAAGAGGUUCUUUUAUUCCCGUGUGUUUCUACUGGAAAGAUGUGAAGGUUUAGUAUUAGUUUUGACGUGGGUGUUUUUUUGCAGUGUGAACGCUCUCCAGAUCCUCCCAGCACUUUCCCGUCACUUGCUCUGUGCGGACUCACCGUCUGGGAAAUCGGGUCCAGUAUAAAACCCGCCGCCAGCAGGAAUUAGUUCAGUUCACUUGAAGGUUUUAAGAAACUUGAUGUCAACUUGGGAGUUUGUUGUUGGAUCAACAGGUGACUGAUUGCGUAACGGUGAUGCGCGUAAUCCAAAAGAGAUAAAGUUUUACCACACAGACGUAUAAGACGUUUCUGAUUUAAAAAAAAAAAAAAAAAGAAAGAAAGAAAAAAAAGAAAGAAGUUUUGGUUGAAGGUUGUUUUGGUACAAAAAGCUGAACUUUUCCCGGUUCUGAACUCGGCUGGACAUGGCAGAGGGAGACUUCUACACUAUGGGAAGCCGGCAGAGGUUUCCCAGGGAUCCUUUUGGAGAGUCACCGUUCAGGGAUCAGUCUCCGUUCAGGGAGCAGAUGGCGUCUCGGUUUAUGGAUGACGAAUUUGGGAUGCCACCUUUCCCCGAUGAUCUGGCGAUGGACUGGCCGGGCUGGGCUCGGCCGGGCCGGCUAAGCACGCGCCUCAGCACCUCGCCUUUCAGCAGCAGUUUACGCUCAGGGUUCCCCGCGCGUCAGUCCGCGGGAGGCCCCGCGCUGUACACCAGCAGGUACGGAGAGCCCUCGUCCCGGAGCUCCCCCACCACCACCGGGGGGGAGCCCUGGAAAGUUUGCGUCAACGUCCACAGCUUCAAACCAGAGGAAUUAAACGUGAAAACGAGAGACGGGUUUGUAGAAGUGUCAGGGAAACAUGAAGAGAAGCAGGAAGAAGGAGGCAUCGUGACAAAGAAUUUCACAAAGAAGAUACAGAUCCCCAUAGAUGUGGACCCUCUGACAGUCUUCGCCUCCUUGUCCCCCGAGGGCGUCCUCAUCAUCGAAGCUCGGCAGACGCCUCCGUAUUACCUCUUCAGCAACGAGGGCUCCCAGAGCGGCGAGACGCAGGAGGUGGAGGUCCCCAAACCCCAAGAGGCACAGAUGGUCUAAACCCCGACCCUCUAACAUGACAGAUCACCCUGCACAAUCACUUACAAGUUUGAUAUGAAAUUUGUGGCCUUCAGCUUCAUGUUGUUACAAACCUGGAAUUAAAAUGUGUAAAAUAUACUAGGAGAUAUUCAAGUCCCAUUUUGCAUGUUAAAGCUGCGCCAGGCAAGACUUUAAUGUAGAAAAUAUAAAUUUUUACAAUGAAGAGCCUUUUAUUUCCUCAAUUAAUCAUUUGUCCAUAAAAUAUCAAUAAAUUGUAAAAAGUAACAUCACUUUUUUUCUCCAAACACUAAGGUGACAUCUUCAUAUACCUUUUUUUUUUUUCGAUUAAGUGCAAAACCCAAAGAUAUUGUGUUCUGUCUAUUUCAGUUCCAUUUCCCUUUUUAAUUUAAAUUUAAACCCAAAGUUCAUAUGACCAGGAAAAGCAGGACUCUUUAACUUCAGAUCCUUUUUUUCCUUCCUUUUUUCCUUUCCUUUAUUACAGAAAGAUCACAGACCAGCUGGUUUGGUAAACAUGAUUAUGUCAUCAGCAUUUAACUGAUGUCACAUUUCAUGUUUUCUAGGUUCUGAAGGUCAACAUUUGUCAGUGUUAAUUUGUCUUGUGCAGCUUUAAUAUUAUACAAGGUUAUGCAAUCAUAGCCUUCUCAGUAAACAGUAAGUUAAUACGUGUCAACUUCUAAAGAAUCACAUUUAUAUUUAUAUUUAUAUUAACAUGAAGUUCAUUUAGUGGAACAAUCUUUGCAUCAAACAUAUUGUACGUGAUUCCUUUAGUUUAAAAAAAAAAAAUAUGAAUGUGCCUUUAUUUACUCGGGUGCCUUGACAGUUCUACUGCUGUUUAUCUCUUUUAGUUAAUGAAUGUCACUUAAACUGACAAGAAACGCAAGUUUUGUAGCUUAGCAGAGGGUGAAUUGUGUGCAGUAAUACUGUAUUCUACCGAAGUGUAUUGUAAAUAUACUUUAAUAUGUACCAAUUCAUUAUAAAUAUUAAACUGAAGUGUUCCAGGUUUUUUGCAAUAUGGUUUGAAUUUUUCUUUUCUAUUUGAGUCAUUCAGAAAGAUUGCUGCAUGAUUGUUGGAGCGGACAGGCUGACUUGUUUGCCAAAGACGUUUGUUUCCUGCCUUCUUUUCUGUUGAUGUCUUUGUCUUGGCUGAUGCAAUAAAAAUGUCCAGCCAAUCUCUCA